GUUACGUCAGAGGGUUUGUUUUGAUCUGCAGUCAGCUGAGGGACCAUCUGUGGCGCUGGCAAUGUGAAGAGGGUGAUGACAUCUUCGUGCUCUAAAUUAAAUAACUGUUGAAGUGAGAAUUGAAAUGCAUCAAAAGAGCUCAACUUGGCGAACCAGGUCUGAUUGGGACGUGAAUGAAUGAAUGAAACUUGCAAGACUGAAGAUCGCGAGCUAAUGUAAUGAUUAACUAAACUAGCCAGAGAGGAAGCUAGUUAGCUGGAUAGCUACCGUUAACGUUAGUUAGCUGACAGCACUUGAUGUCGUAGCUAGCUCAUCAGCUAAAAUCGGAAUUGAAAAUGCUUGACAGAUAUUGACAUGAUCAAUAUAGUGGACUACACUCAAUCUUGUAAUCCAAGGAUGUGACUGGGGAUGAGAGAAAUAACCAUGGAAACGCCUGAGUUACCUCUUGAGAUCGUCACCUACAUCCUAAGUUUCCUCAAAGCUUCAGACAGGAAGGAAGCCUCUCUUGUCUGCUGGAGCUGGUAUGAUGCGAGCCAAGACCUCCAAUUUCAGAGGAAUGACACCUUCAAGUUCCCAGCCUCUAUCUCCUCCCUGGAUCUGAUCCGGGGCCUGAGUAGGCGUUCCCGCUGCAGCCUGGUCAUAAGCCAUCUGGAUGGGUCCAGUGUGUCCCGGGCUGUGCUUCAGGAGAUAGGGCUCCAUCUAGGCCCUCGGCUGGAGAGCCUGGCCCUGCCAGGAAGCAGCGUGACCGAGUCUUCCCUCCUGGCCCUGCUGCCCCACCUGACCGCCCUGCGCAGGCUUGACCUCCGUGGCCUGGACAGCCUCUUCAUGUCUGGAGCCUUCCUGUCUAAAGAAGAGCACCGCCAGCAGGUGCGGGUAGCUUUAGCAGGUCUUGAGGAGCUGGAUCUCUCUGACCUGCGCUACCUAUCAGACCUCACUUUCAACCGACUCACGGGCUGCACUCUCAGACUUCGCCGUCUCUCCCUGGCUGGCUGCCACAUCGCCUUUGAGUUUGACCCGUACCGUGGCUGCCCCGUGGGGCCUGACUCCUCUGCCCUGCUCUCCCUACGGAACCUGCGCAGGCUGCUGCAGGAGCAGGCCUCCACCGUGCGGGGGCUGGACCUGAGCAGAACUAGCAUCACCCCAGAGUCGCUGCGCUCCGUGGCUCAGGUAGGGGGCCUGUCUCUAGAGGAGCUGCGUUUGCGGGGCUGCAAGGAGCUGACCGACUACUCUGUGGAGGUGCUCUGCAAGCACCAGCCUGGCCUCCGGAUCCUGGACCUCAGCGCCUGUACAGAGCUCACCAGCCGGGCUGUACUGGCUGUGGCCCUGGGUCUGAAGGGCCUCCGGUUCCUCUCUCUGUCCCGGGACUGGAGGAUGACGGAUAAAGGGCUGGCUGAUCUGAUGAUGCUGCCGGAGCUGAGGACCCUGGAUCUGUCUGAGUGCCUGCAUGUCAGUGGGGCUGAGAUAGUGAAAGGGCUUUCUGCCCUGGAGCCCAGGGCACGGUUGGAGACACUCAGCUUCAAGAGCUGCACCUAUAUCAGGGACCUGGCUGUGUUCUCUCUGGCUCGGCUGCUGGGCUCCAGUUUGCGGGAGCUGGACCUCACCUCAUGCGUCUACCUCACAGACCUGAGUGUGCGUGCUAUCGCCACCUACCUGCCCGGGCUGGUGGUGCUGCGACUGGGCUGGUGCAAGGAGAUCACAGACUGGGGGCUGCUGGGCAUGGUGGAGCUCACCAAGGAGUGUGAGCCCAGCAAGGAAAUGGAGGACAAGGGGCCCAGCUUCACCCGUACUUUUGGAAAUAUGGGUUUCUUCCGGCCUCCCAGCAUGCCCUUCCAGGAGAAGCCCCGGCUGGUGACGGACGAGGACCUGGGGGUGUUCAAGGAACAGGAGGGGUCCUCACUGCUGGCCCUCAGGAGCCUCCAGGAGCUCGACCUGUCUGCCUGCUCCAAACUCACUGACAGCAGCAUCACACAGGUGCUGCGUUAUCCAGACCUCCAGCGCCUCUCUCUCUCCAUGCUGCCUGAGAUCAGUGAUGACAGCCUGGCGUCGGUGGCCUACCACUGCCGCAGCCUCACCAGCCUGGCACUCAGCCACUGCCCCCAGAUCAGUGACCAGGGUAUCGCCCGCGCCGCCCCCUACCUCGCCAGGCUGCAGCACCUCUACCUGUCCUGCUGCGACGCAGUCACAGAUAGGUCUCUCUCCAUGCUCGUCCAGCACUGUAAGAGACUGCGGACGCUGGACAUCUCCAUGUGUAAAGACAUCUCCAUAACAACGGUGGACCUCCUCCAAUCCCAGCUGCCCUUCCUAGAGAAUGUCCACUGCCGCUUUGUGGGCGGAGCUGACCUGACCCUCACACUCUGAUAGGGUUCUGACUAGGUGGAGUACAGCUAUGACUAGAAGGUACUUUUUCGUACCAGGUUAGGAGAAUGAUGUUAAGGUUAGCUAAAAUGCUCUCCUAACCUGCUACGAAAAGUAACUUCUGGUCGGAGCUGUACUCAAUUUAGUCACAACCGUCUGAUAGGUUGAAUGUCCCCAACAACAAAAAAAUUAUCCAGAAACGUUCUGCUUGAAUCACAAUUCAGUACCUGCUCUUAUUAUCCAGAGUUUUUGUAAUAGAUUCAGUAAUUUAUCUUAGUUUUAACUCCUGUAAACCCUAAUAUGGGGUGUAUGUAUUACUCAGUAAGGACCCAUAUGGCCAGUGUCUUAGACUCAAAUUAAGUCUUUAAUUAAAAACCAUUCUCAUUGGAGAAUCUGCAUUGUUGGGGCGGCAGGGUAGCCUAGUGGUUAGAGCGUUGGACUAGUAACCGGAAGGUUGCAAGUUCGAAUCCCCGAGCUGACACGGUACAAAUCUGUCGUUCAGCCCCUGAACAAGGCAGUUAACCCACCGUUCCUAGGCCGUCAUUGAAAAUAAGAAUUUGUUCUUAACUGACUUGCCUAGUUAAAUAAAGGUAAAAUAAAUUGUAAAGUUAUUUUAGGCUAGGAUUCAGUCCGAUUGCGCCAUUUCCAGGUCAUUUGUGAUUGAGUCGACAUGCUGCAUUUACCAUGAAUGUGGGGGCAUUGCCUUGAAAAGGUGCUUAGCGGACAAAAUGUGUUCGCAUUGGAUCCUUCGUUAGACUGCUUCAGCAUCUCCAACCUAAUGUGUGUUUGUGUAUAUAUAUAUAUAUAUAUAUGUGUGGGAGGGGUUGGCAAAAAAACAAGACAAAUUUCCCUCACGUGUGGACUAAUAAAGUCUAUCUAGUCUAGGACUAGAAACCGGCCCUUAAAGUUCUCCUUCAGUGGGCCAGGGGUGGGCAACUGUCGGCAUGCAGGCCCACAAAAUAAUGUAAUAAUAAGAACGGUCAGGUUUACUGUUGAACACGGGCUCGUGCUGAUGGAAUGGUAUCAAAUGGUUUCCAGGUGUUUGAUGCCAUUCCAUUUGUGCCGUUCCAGCCAUUAUUAUGAGCCGUUCUCCCCUCAGCAACCUCCACUGCUGUUGAGAGUUAGAAUAAUAGAAUACACAAGGUGCAGUUUUGAAAUUUGGUUGUGUAUCAGCAGUCACUCAAUUAGCCCGUCAGCAUUUUUUUUAAAUUGAAUUGGUUAGUUAGUCUAUGGAUGUGGGUACGCAGACCCACGAGCCACUGUGGACCCUCAUAAGUUUUUUUGUUUGUUGUGAAACCCCCCCCACCCCCAUCAAAGUUGCCCAUCACUGGUAUAAGCCGUGUGAUAUAAGGGCACUGUUAAUCUCAAGGUUUGUUUGAUUAGAAUGUGUCUGGUUUAAGGAGCUGAGGGACCAAAUCAGUAGAUACUGCACAAACCUUUAACUGGUCUAGAUGUGCUCUGAUUUAAAAAGCACCUUGUAGUUGAUCUCAGAACCAGAUCUUACGUGUUCAUUCUUAAAUGGCCAGACUAGAGAGAAAUAUUGAUAUCUAUUCAUCACUUUUUUUGUUUAGCUGGCUUAAUAUGUAAUUUUGUAUUCAACUUAAUUUAACACUGCCACUGAAGGAAGCAAAACUCUUAAUGUUUCUUUGAAAAUGUAAUAUGUAUCAAAUUUAAGAUUUAGUUGUUUCAAUAAAUGUAUGCUUAGAAUCA